AGGAACCAAAAGAAAGGAACCAACUUUGACACGUUUGUCCUAGAGGCUCAUGUAAUUUCCGACCAGGCUCAUAAUAAGCACUUCAGAGCAAAUGAACGUUUAAUCUCUUACUUGGCAAUCAUGGGCAAUGCUGUGAACCUAAGGUACCUGGAUAUGAAGAAUCCAGCAGUAAAAAUGAGGCUUGUCGGAAUAACCAGAAUUAGGCAAGAAUCUUUCGGUGUACAUAAUGAAGGAACUCUGGACGCUGACAAGACAUUGGAUUCAGUCGUGGAAUACUACCGCAAUGGGAACGUACCUGGGAAUCCCGACGUCGUGUACUUUAUAACAGGCCAAGACCUCUCCGGCGUUGAAGACGGGCAACUGGACACAACGUUCACAGGACUCGCAAAUACUGGUGAACUCUGCACAAAAGAGGGUGUUGCCGAGGGCGAAGAUAUCGCUACGUCUUACUCUGGAACCCGCACAAUGGCUCACGAGCUGGCUCACGCGAUGGGAGCAUCACAUGACAAGACGCCGCGGUGCCCGUGGGAAGAAGGAUAUCUAAUGAGUUAUGUGGAUGGAGGAACGAAAAAAUACACUCUGUCUCCAUGCAGUCGAGACAGUAUAAGAAGAACGGUGCAGAAAGUUUCUCGUAGAUGCGUAAGCGUACUCUCAAGCAAGAACUACAUGACUCACUACAAGCUUUACCCUGGGCAAGAAAUCAGUGACCUCAAUUACUGCUCGACGAUAAUGAGACAACCUAACAAGGACAUAGGAAUUAUAGCUAAGAAGCCUCUUGAAUUAAGUAUGAAAUGCAAAAUGGAAUGCUGCACCAAAAUUUACAAAAAGGUAAACUGCACGGUCGUAGAUAUUCUGGAAGGUAUGGUGUGUUCUUCUAGAAAGACAUGUAGAAGAGGAGUGUGUGCGAUCCACCAGUGGCUGUAGUUCAGGAAGUCUUUAAGUUUGUAUCUUUCGUUCCCAAGAAAGCAGCCCAAAUUUGGACCAAACUGACCUUGAACAAGCCAAUAGCAAUGAAAAUACAAGCAGCUUACUUCUAUUUUAAUAAGAAAUAAAUAUUUAUUAUCUUA